AUGUCUUUCACAAAAGGCCUUAAUCAGGAGAGAAUUCCAGAACUCAAGCUCGAACACAGGAGACGUGGAAUUAAAGCUCGAACAAAGGAGAAACAGUGGGGCAACGAAAUUAAAGCUCGAACAAAGGAGAAACACACUCUCCGACAUAGCCGACUGGAAGAGAAUUCAAGACCUCAAGGUGCAACGAACUCAAAGCUCGACAAAGGAGAAACAGUGGACAGUGGCAAUCUCCGACAUACGACUGGCCAAGAAUCGAAGCCGUUGCUGAGUCUUAGACUUUGGCCAAGAAUCGAAGCCGUUGCUGAGUUUAGACUACGUACCGGACGGAUUGCCUGGCAAAACACCUUCAAAGAUUGGGAGUAUACAGUCAAGACUACGUACCUGACACGGUUACCAAGAAUCGAAGCCGUUGCUGAGUUUAGACUACUUGGCCAAGAAUCGAAGCCGUUGCUGAGUUUAGACUACGUACGUGACACGGUUCCAAGAAUCGAAGCCGUUGCUGAGUCUUACCUCGAAGAAAGGAGAAACAGAGGAAAUGGAGAAGACCCACCUGAUUCGGUGUCUAGCGGAGGAAAUGGUGAUGACCCACCUGAUUCGGUGUCCAGCUCUAAAGACAACGCAGACCCACCUGAUUCGGUGUCCAGCUCUAAAGACAAGGACCGCCAGAGAUACUGGGAAGCAAGAAGACAGCUACUCCGGAAAGCCAGAGAUACUGGGAAGCAAGAAGACAGCUACUAUAGACCCACCUGA